AUGGAGAACCAUACAGAGCUGAACGCUGAGAUUCUAGACACGCUGCUUGGCCAUAAGAACCAGGUCUCGACCAAACUCCAUACCAUCAUCAAGGUCCUCAAACCGGCCCUCAAUCAGGAACACAUCUACUUACUGGAGGACAAAUUGCUUAAAUAUGGUAUACGCAAGGAGACGAUGGAUCUAGAGAAAGGUGGGCGGUUUUUUAAGCCGAUGUCACAAUCGGUUUUUGAGAGUUUGCCUCGACUUGAAGAAUACUAUGAAGAGGAUGGAUGGGAUUGGGAUAAUGAAUGGGUAUCCACUGAUGAUGAAAUACAUGAUGCAUCCCAUAUCCUGGUUAAGCUGGAAGGCUUCAUAGCAGGGGAAAUCCCUAAUACCCCAACGGAUGAGUGGGGAUGUCACCGGGUACUGACUGACUAUGCGGAUUGGGACUUUGCAUUCCUUGAACGCACACUGUAUGGCGGACAUUGGGGCAGCACUGGGCCUGGAAGUGAACCCACCGACUGGCGUUUUGAGAGAGCCUUCGACAGGCACGUACGGGGCACUUAUCUUCAACCCCAUGUUAUUUCUCUAUCAGUUCAUGGUUUAUACCCUGAUGAGGAUGCAAACUUGAAGAUUGCCCGUAGUGAAGUGCUUGUUGCUGCUGAUCUUAUGAAGGAAAGAUUGAAGUGCCCUUUGUAUGUUACCAAUGAUGUAUACCCGGUAUGUCACGCCCUUGUACACUACCAUCUUCUUACAUACAGCUCUAGGCUAACCAACCACACCACAGAUUCUGAUGGUUUCUUGCUUCAACCGACAAGUUCGUAUGAAUGA